CUCCAAGAAACCAGGAAAAGAGACAAGAACCGGGAUACUGAGUCCGCAUAAUACCGAAUCGUAUCCAGUGGACCUGGAAAGCGAACGAAGGAGCACUGAGUUCAUUCCAAACAGGUCAUUGAGCAUGUCAGCACCCACAACCAGGCGCAAUCGAACCCUCGCCUCAUGUGAACCUUGCCGAGAGAGGAAAACUCGAUGCGAUCACGGCAAACCAGUCUGUGCCUCCUGCCGGCGUCGUGGCUUCGACUCUCGCUGCUACUACCAUCCUGCCCCUCUGACUAAAAUUCGAAGUGCAAGUGCACGAAGACUGGCCGUGCCUACGCCAUCCCAACCAACCAUUGCUGCACCAUCGUGGAGCAGUUCCAGUGCAAUAUAUCCCAGACGCUCUGCGGCUGGACCGCCCAAAUUCCACACAUGGCCUUUUAUGUCGACCGUCUCUGACAGUGGGAACUUGCCAGCCACUCCCUUGCCGGGCUCGCAUGACAGCAAGACCUAUGAGGCCCAUCUAGCCACCAUGAAGGAGAUUGUGUCUCAGUUAAGAUACCUUCCUGUCAUUGAAAAGUGCCUCCAUCAGUACUACUCUGCUAAGCAUAACUCACUUGUACCGAAACCAGUCGUUCUGCACCUUCUCAGUGCGCUCCGUACAGAUCUAGUAUCGUCGGGCUAUGUCCUUGAAGAAACGGGAGAUCGAGUUGAGUUGGGCGAUAUUUCGCGGUUAUCAGAAUCUAUACUGCUUUCUUCCUCUACAGAGGUUAUCAUCACCGCAUCCUUGGACCUGCAUGGUUUCUUAGCCUUGUUCUCUGGUCCGAAUCUUCGAGUCGAGACUCUCGGUCUUUUGUAUACUAUGGCUGCCCGUGCUUCGGCUUUUUUCAUUGAUUGCGAUGAGGCUCGAGACCUCGCACCCCUGUCAAACGACGUCAUUAUAUGGUUGGCGAAUGAGAAUGGACAGCUCAGGUCAUUUCUUGAAGGAGAUACGAGCCUCGGCGUGUGGCGUCUGGUGGGCGAUCUCUCGACUGAUUUAUUGGCUCUGGGCUUGAACAGGGAAUCGACAUAUUCCUCUGAGAGAACCCCGUUUUUUCUUGCAGAGUGCCGGAGAAGGUGCUUUGUGACUGAAUAUUACCUGGAGAAGAUGUUUGGCCUGAUAUUCAAUCUACCUCCUCGCAUUACCUCUCGAUAUGUGGACGUCAAGCUCCCCCUUGAUUUGUCAGAUGACGAACUUUUUGCCCAAACUCCCCAGGAACUGGAGGAUGCAAAAGGUCGACUCACCGAAGAUGGCUGGAACACAGAUGGGAAGCUUAGAGCAGCAACCUGGGCUCGAUUGCGAUAUAUUCUGAGUCAGUUUCGGGAGGGAAUUGUGGAAUAUAAAUUUCAAGCAUCACAGGCCGCUGACCCUGCCCAGCUGAGAGAAUUGUCUUCUCGAUGUCGUCAGACGUGGGAUAACCUGCUUCCACAUCUAAGAUAUACUCAGGACUGCUGGGAAUCCGACAUGCCCUUGAGCACUUGUUACAUGCACGCGAAGGUUCAUCUAGCCUAUCUCCAAAUUCAUUUCCAGAUAUACCACCUUCUUGGGGAGAAUAGCUCAACUCCGCUUCCCGAGCUGCUGGACGUAUCGGCAAACAUUCUGGAGACAGUGGUUCAGAUGGGAAAUACUCCCAGAAAGGGCGCCUUUACUUUGCAUGAUCUACCUGAAAUCCUUCUGGCCUGCGGCUUGCCGUCUGCGGCAGUCCUCCUAACUACACUAGAGAACAAUACGCAAGAUCCGUCAAGUAUCCUUCCGCCUGGCAUAAAAACAUCAUCCGUCAUUCGCAAUGUUGUCGUCCUUACGUCGCAACUCGAAAGGGUGGCCAGUUCGCGGGAAAGAAAUCAAGCCUUCUGCUUGCAGGCGGCAAAGGCCAUCACGGAGAAAUUGGACAGGAUUUUGGACAAGCUUGCGACGUCAAAGUUUCAGGCUCGGACAAUUGCUGAUGUUGCGACAAGGGUUGACGUAAUGAACUCGAUGCCGACUCCGACCACUGAUCUUGACGCUUCCCUCACUGGUGGAGACAGUGCUGGAGAUGGGGAUAGAGAGAUUGGUACCUUUAAUCUGGAUGACUACGAGAAUCCCGAUCUAAUGUCUUGGGCAAUCGAUUUUGACCUUGGAAGCAUGGCCAGCGAGUGGACAAUGAUGUAGAACUCGCAAUCAUUGCCUAAUUCUGCAACGCCCAGUUAUUCAUACCCGUCAUUCGGAAUGCCUAGCAAUGGCUGAAUUAUUUCUACCCCAGGCAGUGCUC